AUGCAUGGUAAAGAACAUGUUGCUGCAACAGUUGAGUAUCAGUGUGGCAUUAUGGUUGGAUCUCCAGAAAAUUUGCUUUACAAUGCUCAUUGGGUGGCACAAGCUCUUUUACGUAAAGGAUCUGCAAAGACAGCGGACAAACGCAUUCUUAUUUUUACUGAUGAGGAUGAUCCUUUUGGGAACAUCAAGGGUGGGGCAAAAGCAGAUAUGACCAGGACCACUUUGCAGCGUGCCGAAGAUGCACAAGAUCUGGGAAUAUCAAUUGAACUUCUUCCCGUGAGUCAGCUUGGCAGGGAAUUCGAUAUUUCACUUUUCUAUGCUGUAUUCCCUUGCCACUGCCCUCUUAUUUCUCACGUUGUCAUCGACGACCUUCAUUUACAUUGA